GCUGGUUACGCCACCCAGAGUCCACGCCAACCACGUACCAUCUCGACGACGCCACCUUUCUCGCAGUUUUCAAUUUCCCGCCACGAGUCAAGAUGAUGCUCACCAUGUCAGGCAGCUCGGGCGUCUUUGCGUACGACCGCGCCAAGCUCUACGCCGACUAUUCUGGCGACAAGACGGCCACAAGCACUGCGUACGUUACCAAACCGACGCGCCGAUCGAGUUCAGGGUCGUCGGCCGAGACUGCGACGUCCGCAUCGCCGCCCCCGCCCUACAAGCCCGCAUUUGCCUUUGAUCUGCAGACGAUGCUCGUGCAAAUGACCGCCAGCGUCGAGCCGUCCGUGCCAAAGCCGACAAAGCCGACGCCAACGACCAAGCCGCAUCGUGUCUACGGCGACUAUGUGGACGCCGCGUACAACCGGCCACGGUUUGCGUCCCGGCAGCGCUACUAAAUCGCCGUUUUCUCGUAUUUAAGAUGCAAAAUCGACCUAAUCCUAUGUAAUUGUACACUCGACGUUGACUCGAACA